GCGGCGACGGACCGGCAGACGGAGCUGGAGACGCGGAAGGUGAUCGACUACCUGUUACGACACUAUACUAGCAUCAGAGAUAACUCUACGUCUUUUAAUUUAAGAUUUUAAAACCGAAACCUUAUUCCGUUUUACUUCUGGGGCUAUCAUUAAAGGUUGAUCAUGAUGUUUGAGAAAGUUCGUAUCAACAGCGCAGAUGUGAAGUACACGGAGAAACACAUCGAGUCUCGUUACUGUUACCACACUGCCUCUGUGCAUAGAGAUGGAGACACGUUCACGGUGACGCCGUCCAGCACCGAGUUCAUCUUCCGGACCGAGAGGAAAGUGCCCCGGCUGGGAGUGAUGCUGGUGGGAUGGGGUGGAAAUAACGGCACUACGGUCACAGCUGCUGUCCUGGCCAAUAAACUGGGUCUGACCUGGAAAACCAAGACGGGUGUGAAGAAAGCGAAUUACUACGGCUCGUUGCUGGAGUCGUCUACGGUGUGUCUGGGAUCUGGACCGGAUGGAGAGGUUCACGUUCCGUUCAGAGAUCUGCUGCCUAUGGUGCAUCCCAAUGACGUCGUGUUUGAUGGCUGGGACAUCUCGUCUCUGGACCUCGGCAGAGCCAUGGAGCGCGCUCAGGUUCUGGACUGGAGUCUGCAGGAGAAGCUCCGCCCACACAUGAACCAGCUCAAACCCAGACCCUCCGUCUACAUCCCAGGAUUCAUAGCUGCUAACCAGGAGCACAGGGCCGACAACCUCAUCAGAGGAACCAAAGCAGAGCAGGUGGAUCAGAUACGCAGAGACAUCUGUGAUUUCAAAGAGAGGAGCGGUGUGGAUAAAGUCAUCGUUCUCUGGACGGCGAACACUGAGCGAUUCUGUGACGUGAUUCCUGGAGUCAACGACACCGCUGAGAAUCUGCUCAACACCAUUCAGACGGGAGGUGAAGUUUCUCCCUCCACCAUGUUUGCGGUGGCCAGUAUUCUGGAGGGCUGCGCCUACAUCAACGGAUCACCGCAGAACACGUUCGUCCCCGGAGCCGUGGAUCUGGCCGUCCGGGGCGGCGUCUUCAUCGGUGGAGACGACUUCAAAUCCGGACAGACCAAACUCAAGUCUGUGCUGGUGGACUUCCUGGUCAGCGCUGGAAUCAAGCCUACUUCUAUAGUGAGUUAUAAUCAUCUGGGCAACAACGACGGGCUGAAUCUGUCGGCGCCGCAGCAGUUUCGCUCUAAAGAAAUCUCAAAGAGUAAUGUGGUGGAUGACAUGGUGCAGUCGAACCCGAUCCUGUUUCGGCCGGGAGAGAAACCUGACCACUGCGUGGUUAUUAAAUAUGUGCCCUAUGUGGGCGACAGCAAGCGUGCGAUGGAUGAGUACACUUCUGAGAUCAUGAUGGGAGGAACGAACACGAUCGCUCUGCACAACACCUGUGAGGACUCUCUGCUGGCCAGUCCCAUUAUUCUGGAUCUGGUGAUCCUGACAGAGCUGUGUCAGAGAAUCACGUUCUGCACUCAGGACGAUCCCGUGUUCCAGGGUUUUCACAGCGUCCUGUCGCUGCUCAGCUUCCUCUGCAAGGCGCCGCUCGUCCCGCAGGGGGCGCCGGUGGUCAACGCCUUCUUCCGGCAGCGGGCGUGCAUCGAGAACGUCAUGAGAGCGUGUCUCGGCCUCCCGCCGCAGAAUCACAUGCAGCUGGAGCACAAGAUGAAGAAGAGCUUCACGCGCUCCAGUGAAAACCACAUCCGUCAUCCCGUCCUCGUGAACGGAAAGAUCGAGCACAUCAACGGCUAUCAGUCUGCCAAAUACAUCAACACUAACGGCCACGAGAUUCUGCAACACACAAUCUCAUAAAAGCCCACGCACUGGAAGAAAACCAAACAAGACUAGCUAGAUGUUGUUUACUACUGUUUGAAGUCUGACUGAAGUCAAAUUAAGAUUUGCUUGAGUUUUGUAUUUGCACUUGACUACCUGUUCUUGUUUAGCGAGUACUGUAUUUUUGGAUGAAAUAUUCAUCUAUGCAUUCCCAGCGAAUUUUUUCCAGGUUUUGUACUUAAAUGCACUGACAAACUCGUCGUUAUUGUUUGUUAAAAAAAUAAAUGAACACCAGAAUAGUGAGAAUUGUUGUUGCAUUUGGCAAAUGUAUAAAUACAGUUGUGUAAACACUGAGAAUAUUCAUUAAGUGAUUGAUUUAAUAAAAAAUGAUCAGAUUAA